AUGGGUGUCUGCAAAUUUCAACCUGGCCGCCCCCUCUCCAGCCCACCACUACUGCAGCUGGAAACAAAAAAACAGCAGCUAAACUGUGGCAGCACCGUUGGCCUCUCACUCCCAUUCGUAUAUGCCUCUCUACACGCAAAUGCCACCCUCCUCACCUGCGUCCAAACCCUUUGCCUCCUCAUGAUCGUAUGCAUUCAGAUGAUCCCAUUUUCUCUAAGCCAUCUCGACCCUGGAGCCCCCUGUACUUUGCCAUGUGCCACUACCCACUCCAUCGCGAUUUUGGCAGCUUUCUUGGCCACCACUGACACCGGCAAAGCCUUCUCUUCGAACACCCUCUGA